AUGUGGACCAAUACCACGACGAUAGAAAAUUGGGAAAAGGAUAAAGUUGCUACAAUGGUUCGAAGGGGUAAAAUUAAAGAGGUAACUUUUCCGUAUGAUAUUGGAUUUAUAGAAAAUAUUCGAGCAAAUCUUGGUGAUAAUCCGUUAUUAUGGUGCUGGCCACAAGAAAUUAAGGGUACUGGGUUAUCUUUCCCAAUUUCAAAAGACGCAGAUCCAACAAUUACUACUUCUUACUUGGCACCAAAGCCAUGGCAUAAUUAUAAUAAUCAUUAUAAUUCUAAUUCUCGUAAUCAAAAAUAUUCCCGACCAUUUGUUCGAAGAGAUAGUGAAGGAUAUCUAGUUAGGGACAUUUCAUUAGAAGAACGUGCUGCGUUGAUUAAUAAUUAUGAGUGCGAAGGUGAAGAUGAGCAUAUAGACGAUCCAUAUCAUAAUUCUGAUGGCAGUACUUUAUAUUCUUAUAGCGAUGAAUAUCCUGACAAUGAAAAUGAAAACAUAGAAACAAUUACAUAUGACGAUUUUGAUGAUGAUAAUUAUCCUGGGAAUAUAGGCAGUGAUGAAGAUAGAAAUGAUUAUGAUCAAUCAAUCAGACGUUAUAUGCAAAAAGACCAAAAAUUUUCGGCUGUUUACGAUCAAGAACAAUCUCAGAACAAUAGGUAUAGUAAAAGGAGGGAUGAAGAUGAAAAUGAUAAUGUGCCUAUAGGGUUGUUAAUCGGAAAAAAACAAUUGGAAGCUAUGGGAUAUGAUGGGGAAAACCUUGAAGGUUAUUUAAAAACGAGAGGGGAGAAUAAUCGAAUGUUAUUUGGCGAAGGAAAUAGUUAUAAGACCGAGAAAGUUGAUUAA